AAAUGAUAUAAAAACUAUAAAAGUAAACAUCAACCUUCCUAGUCAUAGCAGAGUUUGACAAAACGGUGGUUAUCAUCUUCUUCUGAUUUGAAGUUGGAAGCAUAAGCACGGCACUUAGCCCCGGCAGCUGCAACUCUCUAUGGCAAGCGCAAGUGUUGUUGUUGUUGGCGUUGGUGAAGCAGAAAAAGAAGAACACAAUAAUAAGCUGAUUCUGUAUUCAUAUUGGAGGAGUUCAUGUUCCUUCCGAGUCCGAAUUGCUCUCAACUUCAAAGGUCUCAAAUAUGACUACAAACCAGUCAAUCUCUUGAAGGGAGAACAAUCUCAUCCUGAGUUUCUCCAGCUCAACCCUGUUGGUUUUGUUCCUGUUCUUGUCGAUGGCCCUGCUGUUAUUUCCGACUCUUUCGCCAUUAUUAUGUAUUUGGAGGAUAAGUAUCCUCAACAUCCUUUGCUCCCUACUGAUAUUCACAAAAGAGCAAUCAAUUUCCAGGCUGUCAGUAUUGUUUCUUCAUCAAUACAACCUCUUCAAAACCUAAAUCUCCUGAAGUACAUAGAGGGAAAAGUUGGCCCUGAUGAGAAACUUCCAUGGGUCCAGAGUGUAAUUAGAAAAGGUUUCACAGCUCUUGAAAAGCUAUUGAAAGAACACACUGGGAGGUAUGCUACUGGAGAUGAAGUUUUCAUGGCGGAUAUAUUUUUAGCACCUCAGUUACACACUGCAGUUAAGAGAUUCAACAUUGACAUGAAUGAUUUCCCUACUCUAUCAAGAUUACACGAUACAUAUUAUGAGGUCCCAGCAUUCCGGGAGGCUUUGCCAGAGAAUCAGCCAGAUGCAGCCGGCUAGCUGAGUCAAUAAUUUGCGACUGAAAUACAACCUGAUGUUAGGUUGGAGAAAUUGCAGCAGGACCUACUGAUUUAGCAUCUGGUUGAAUUUGUAACAACAAUAUAAGUUACUUUAUGUAGCAAUAAGGUACUAUCCACGUGCAAUCUAUUGCACGUAUUCCCUCCGUCUCAAGUUAUAAGUAAACAUUGGUCAAAAGUUGAUGUAUUUGAUUUGAACCAAAUACAUCUACUUCCUUUAUAACCAAUUUUUGCUAAUAAUUUGGGACAGAGGAAGUAUAUGUGUAUGAAAAACCUAGUGUUUAGUUUCCACCCUGUAUUCUCAGUAAAAACAUUUUUAUGUUUGGCGGAAA